AUGCGAAAAACCGGCGAUAUUCGGUCGACGUAUGAGAUUUUUCUGAUUUCCGAAUGUCCGAUUCAUAUCAUCAAUCUGCUUAUUAUUCUCGCCACACCGCGUUUCCUUUUUUCAAAUCGUGCACUCAUCCAUAAAAAUUUGAAGCUUUUGAUUAUCAGCUAUCUGCUGGGUGCAUUUUGCCUGAGCACCUCGCGACUCGCAUGGCUUGUCCUCGAGUUAUUGUGGACUCCAAUCGAGAUUAUGGAAAUAUUCAUGUAUUUGAGAUUCGUGUUUCAAAGCUCAUUAUCGGCUCAUCUAUUCGCGUUGACCGCCGAACGAGUGACUGCGACGAUCACCUCGAAACGAUACGAGCGAAACUCGUGCCAUAUUUUCAUCAUUUUCUGCUGUUUCCUAACGUAUCCGUUUGCCUUAUUAUUGCUUUACUCGAAAUAUCACUUCGAGAAGGGUCGAGAAUUGAAUGUGGCGAUGACUGCGAUCUGCUCGCUCGGCGCUUUUUCCGUCAUGCUGGUUGUACUUUACAUUAAUAAAAAACGAUUGAAGGAGAGGAGGUUCAUGUCGAAGAUCAGCGAAGCUUAUCAGAUUCGAGAGAAUAUUCGAACGUCGAGGCUGCUCCUCAAUGCGUUUCUCAUUGGAUUGGUGUUCCUUGGCCUCGGCAGCUUCUUCGUUCUCCGAUUCUCCGCGACUCUCAAUGAUCCGAAUCGAGAUUGGGAGACGAUUACCAAUGGAUUCUUGUAUGAUAUUCUAGUGUCUACGGGAACUACUAUCGGAUCAUUUGUUUUUUUGCAUUAUAUGAUUCCUGACGAUACAAUGCAGAGGAUUAAUCGAGCGCUGAAUUGCCCUUGUACUAGCACCAAUCACGGAGUUGCACCAAACGAUAAGCGAUUGUCUUUUAAGAAUAUUAAUGGGAUCAAUGUCGAAGUUGGAGUGUCGGCAGAAGAAGAAGCUCGUGUGUACUUCUCGCAACUCUCGAAAUCAUGGAAUUGA